AUGGUGGGCUUGAAGAGACUCUUCAGCUCUGGGGGAUCUCCCGAUGUGACCAUCUCACGAGACACCAGCUCGCCUUUCCACCCGAACGACUUCGCUUCCUAUUCUUCCUCCAGACCUAUAACGCCGAAAUCCCCCCCAGCAUAUUCGUCCAAUGCUCUGCCAGAUCUUAAUCCGCAUUACGUGGGCAUCGAGCGACAGUUUGAACAACUACACGAAUCCUUCUACUCGCGGACCCUGUCCUCCCUCCGCCAAUUUCGAUACAAUGGCUCUGCGAAGAGUGUCUCGCCUUCGCAGAACCCGAAGCAUGUCGAUGUCAUCGAGGCUUUGUUCUCGGGCCAUCGCUAUCGAAUGAAGCCUAUAUCCUUGUCACCAUCUACUCCCUACAACGAAGACAUUGCGGAUCGAAAUCUGAAUGCUAGCCCUGCCUCUAUCUCGAGGAACUCCCACUACUCUCGAAUAGUGUCCACCUUAUACCAGGAAGAUGUGGCAGAUCGGAAUAUAGUAAAAUCGAGGGCAGGCCCUUCGUAUCGCUACAGCUCUCGCUCAAGCUCGCCCACCCUUCGGUCCGAUAGCCCAGGGGAUAGAAGCUCGAAACAAACAUCCCGUGGUCGUCCUGUCGUACAAAAAAGGGGAUCUUCGCAAUCAAAGUCGCGGCCCUCUUCAGAGACUCGCGAAAAUACAAAUUUAAAAGCACCGUCGCCGGUUCACCAGUCUACUUUGAGAGCGCAGGCUUCUGCGCCGGAUUUCAGAAACCCUCUACGGACGCCUGAUCUUGCUAGUUUCCCACGGCCUCCAACGGCAUCCGCUCCUGAAGCUGCUACUGACAACACAUCUACAAAUCCAGCCCCACCUUCGCUGUGUAAUGGUCCGAAAGCUAGAGUAGGGAGCUCUAAAAACGACCAUUUGCGGGUAAAACGACCCGGUCUUCCUCGGUCUGGCUCGUGUAAGAAUGUUCUGGACCUCAGCAUUGAUACUUGUAUCACGGCAUCAAAAAGACCAAGUAUCAAGAUAGAACAUCGAGCCAUACAACCUCCAACUCCUAACAAUCUCACUGUUCCACAGAACCAUAGCAUUGCCGAAAUUGUAAAUAGCCCGCUCCCAGCAGUGACACCGAGCGCCUGCACGCCAGAACUUUCUCCUAGCUACAAUGUGGAUGAUAUCAUGGGCAUGUUCAAGCAAGCCUAUAUGACAACCCAAGCCACCACUACCGGUCAUCCCACCUUUGAGACAUUGCAAGAUGCAAUCAUUCGCGAGAUCAAUUCACAUGAUGCUUUCCGCUGCGUACCUAUGCCAACAACGGAACCCCCCUUCACUCCGCCGGCGUCCAACAAUUCGUUUGACGAAAUGGUUCUACUACCUCCCCCCGGACCCUCUGGUAGGGCUACGAAGGUGCCUGCAGAAAGGGAAGGCCAGCUUUCUAAAAUGAUCCGGAAACGAUCUUUCGUUCGAACUAGAGGCAAGAGUAUAUCAUCAACUAAGGGCGGCGAAAAGAAUGUGAAAAAAGAAUCACAUUCAUUCCUUUCCAAAAGACGACAUACAUAUGCCCAACCUCCUACUGCCGAAUGGCUACGUAGCAUACAACAACCCGCUGGCACCGUCACUGUUCCUGUUGCUGGCAACGAUACUCUACUUCCUCCCACAAUCAGAAUACAGGCUCAAGCAAAACAACCCCGCAACAGAUACCAUUCCAAACGCAACUCAGACCCAAUUCCUCCAUCUCCAGGUUUUAUACCUGCCAAAUCUCAACCUGAAUACCCCGGUUACCAAAUGGAUUCUCCAGUUCCGAGAGUGGUGUCAAAUAAUAACAGACUAGCCGUUCCUGGACAGAAAGAACAAGUCACGGCCAAAGAGAUCCGCACUGUCGAUGACAAUAACGUUAUGUAUAUCCUCAACCCAGAGGCUUCUGUUACACCUCUUGAGCUUAUCAGCGCGACUCAGCAUGGCUACAACCGACAUAAUUUUACUCUUGUGCCGUUCCAGACUACUGUGAACGGAGAUAAUGGAGUAUCUGAAAGACCACGGCCUGUCAACACAAGGCAGGUGCCGCUGAGACAGAGCAGUCUCGGUUCGGCAGCAUAA